UCGGCCCGGGGCUGCGCCGUGCACGGAGCGAGCGGCCCCCGGCGUGCGGCAAAGGGGCGGCGUUCCGGGGGCGCCGGCAGCCCUGGGCGGGCGUCUGCUCCCCCCCCGGGGCCCCCCCGCCAAGCCCCCCCCACAGCUCGCGGAACGUCCCAGAGCGCGGGGCGGCCCCGCCUCGCUCCCCGCUCCCGCCAGGGGCUCCGGCCCCCGCCUCAGCCUCUCCGGCCCCGCUGAGCCCCCGGGGGGUCUGCCGCCAGAGGGUCCCCUUGAAUAGUUUCUAAUGAGAUGAGUUUAGUCAUUCGAAAUCUGCAGAAAGUCAUCCCCUUCAGGCGAAUCCCACUUCGCAGAAGAAUAGAAAUCCUUCAGAAGAUUUUGCACGUGCAGCAGUUCGACCUGGGCAUUAUCUGCGUUAGUAACAGAAACAUUCAACUUCUCAAUAGCACCUACAGGCAACAAAAUGUCCCCACCGAUGUGCUUUCCUUCCCUUUUCAUGAGAAUCUGAAAGCAGGUGAGCUGCCUCAGCCUAGUCUUCGAGACGAAUACAAUCUUGGUGAUGUUUUCCUAGGAGUAGAGUAUAUCUAUCAGCAGUGCCAAGAAAAUGGGGAGGAUUACUACAGCAUUCUUACAGUGACUGCAGCUCAUGGGCUGUGCCAUUUGCUGGGAUACCGGCACAACACCGAAGCGGAGUGGGAGCAGGAACACCCCUUAGACCUCCCUGAGGCCUACCCAGAAAAUACGGCCGAAGGAACACAGAAGGGGGGAGACAAAGACUGCCCCCGGUGUGGCAGAUGGGUUGAUUUACCCCAUGCCCGUCUCGCCAAAAGGAGAAGUGCUGAGGCUGGUGAGACGAAGGUGCCUUGCCACACGAGAUGUAUCAGAAGGAAAAACAAAUUCUUGAGGAGCUAAAUGGAAUCACUGGUACAAACCUCCAGCCACUGACUAAAAACCAUUUCUGAUCACGUCACAAGAAAAAGAAAGAGGACCCAGAAAAAUAAAUCCUCAUUCUACUGAGAAGAAACCAAGUAGCAUGGAUACAACUAACUUAGAUGCCUGUUAAGUAUUAACAGAGAUUCAUUUAUGUUAACUUCAUAUAGUGUCAACAGAAUAUCUUGCAUUGUAGUGUGUAAUAAAAUUCAGCCAAACAGUU